CAUCCAGUUUGCACACUUACUGCAAAGAUGAGAAAUAUAAUCCAUGAACAUUUGUCCUGUGUCUGCUGCCAUACACAAUAGGACUGUAGCCACUGCCAUCUUCUCUCGGGUUCUGCAUUACCUAACCACAGUGAGAGUGUGAGCGCGGAAGAGGAGCUUUGGUGUUACAUAUUGCUGCACAGACCAAGGCUGUGUGCACAAGCAUUAAAAACAGAUGGUGUGGCUUUAAGCAUUCAAGGUGCACGUAGUUUCCCCAAGAUAAUCUGUUUCUCGCAAAGGACGUUUUUCCUUUAAGUCAGCAUCAAUGCAUCGGGAUCGUGCUGAUGCGGUGAUGGGGAGAAUAAAUACAGCAUUUAUUGUACCCUUCACACUACGCUGCUACAAGCAAUGCAGCUGAGCGUUUCCUCUGGCUGGGGCAUCGAGUGCAGAGCUGGUGUGUGAUGUAGCACCCAGCAUCUCUCCGCUCUCCACACAGCCCACUGCCAUGCUUAAUAAAAGUUGCCGUUUCCUUCUGAGUGGCUCCAGAGCGGAUGCUUCAGUUGCCUAGCUAGCACAAAGGCAGACCCAUGCUUUGGGUUUUAGCUGCACGCUGUAUAAAGUGUGAGUUAUCUCUCUAGCUGUAGUAGGACAGAAGAGGGACAGUCAUAGAAGGGCAGGGCAGAUCCAGCAAAGGACCAGGGCUGCAUGGAAAGAGGCGAAGGACGUUGGAGCCGGAGACAUCUGCACACAGAGAGGGAGGGAGAGGAAGAAAGACGUCAGAAAAAGCUCUGCUUCUGACAACACCGCUCUUCAGCGACCAUCAUAGAAAAAGAUACUUUCGCCUUGCUCUCACGAAACUGUUUCCAUGUAUAGUUGGCAAAAUUGAGGGCUGUAGAAAAGGGACACUGCAGGGCUCCCCUUCCUGUGCACCCGCAUCACUUUCUCUGAUUUACUAAGGAUGGACUUAAUGAUGGCUGGAACCAUGACUGUUGACCAGACUGUUGGCACUUGAGCUUGUCUGCCAGGACAUUGCUGCCAUCUAGUGUUAUAACACUUGAACAGCUCAAUUGUUUUACAUCACAAAAUAUGACUGUGGUGUCCCCAUGCACUCAGAACCUGAUGGAUAGCGCUCACCCUCAAACUGUGCUCAGCAAACUCAAUGAGCAGCGCUCACAGGGCCUUUUCUGUGACGUUACCAUUGUGGUUGAGGAUGUCAAGUUUCGGGCCCACAAGAAUAUCCUGGCAGCCUGCAGUGGGUACUUCAGGAACGCUCUGACGACUCCUGAGACAUGGAGCUCUAACCAAGUGCUUGAGCUGAUGGACCUGAAGUCUGAGGUGUUCGCUAGUAUCCUCAACUUUAUCUACUGCUCCAAAGUGACACCACCAGGGGCGGUGGACACAGGGGGACUGGUGGCAGCUGGCAAAAGACUUGGAAUUCCUUUUUUAGAGAAGCUUUCAGAACAAGAGAGGCAGGAUGAAUGUGUUAAGCCCACAGAUUACAGCUCAGCCACAGUGUGCAAAAAAACAAAGAAGGAAGCUCCCAGGCCCGAGGACACGGACAGUGCCACAGGGCCACGCAUCACUAAUGCCUUCUCUAUCAAUGAAGUGUGUCCUGGGAAUAAUCUUUUCACCCCCCUGGUUCAAACCAAUGGGGAGAGGCAGUCACCAGAUGUGGGGCAGCUUCCAUCCAGUGUCCCAACGACUUCCUGCGUCAACAGCGAGACAACUCAAGCCCUCUCAGAGCACUCGUACGCAGUCAGCAAAUCUACUGACAGCAAGGAUAGCAGUCAGUGGGACAACAAAACCAUCUAUAAGCCAGCAAUAUCACAGCCAAAGCAACUCAUUUACAGGAACACAGGCCCUCUUAAAAAGCGCCACAGGCUAAGAUGCACUGUGGUUAGGAGUCUACUUCCAACACCAGCUGAACCACAAACAGAAAAACCAAACACACUGACCCCCAGAUUAGCAGAUGGUGCUUCUACAGUACCUGACACAGUUGCAACACCACCCCCGCUUUUUUCAGAGUCAGAAAAAAGUAUAGACCCAGGGCCAGAUGUAGCCGCUGACAAUUCUCAAAUAGAUUUGGGUCCACCGCCUCUUUCUCCUCACACAGAGGACAGCAUUUCAAUAUAUGGAUGUGAGCACUGUCCAGAGAUAUUCACAAAUAAAGCUCUUCUAACUAUUCACUCAGAGUUACACAAAAAGCGUUUUGUCAGUCAUUUGUUCUGCAAGUUUUGUCACAGAAAAUUCAUACACCUUAAACGGUUGCGUAACCACGAGCAGGUCUGCCCUAAAGCUGCAAGAACCCCCCCUAAACUACAGGCAACCGACACAUCAACCAAAGAGUUAGACCUCCUUUCAGAUGACAUGCCGAACAUAGAGAGCAUCGAGGGACCAGUUCCCUCUGCUGACUCCCCAACCCCAGAGACCCCAGAGACCCUUCAGUUGGACCAAUCAGAGCCUCCAGAGAAGGCAGUGAGGCCAGGUGGUGGUCAAAGAAGAUACAACUGCAGUGUGUGUAAACGGGUCUAUGUUACCCUGUCCAGUCUGAAGCGGCAUGAAAAUGUACAUUCCUGGCAGAGAGCCUAUCCCUGCCAUUAUUGUAAUAAAGUGUUUGCUUUGGCAGAGUACCGUACCAAGCAUGAAAUCUGGCACACAGGUGAGCGCCGCUAUCAGUGCAUUUUCUGCCUGGAGACUUUCAUGACAUAUUAUAUCCUCAAGAACCAUCAGAAGUCUUUUCACGGCAUUGAUCCCAGUCUAGCAGUUAAGAAGAAAUCUGCCAACGGUGGGCUGAAGGCCAGUGUCUAUCCAAUCAAACUUUACAGGCUCCUGCCCAUGAAGUUUAGAAAGAGACGAUACAAAACAUACAGUCAAACGUACUCAGAGAGCCUGGAGAAAGGGGACGAAUCCCCACCGGAGAGCAGCUCUCUUAUCCCUCCAUUUGAGGAAAAUGGUGUGAUGAGCAACCCUGACGCUAUUUCAUUCCCUGUGACAUUCAUGGCAACCACAAAGAUGGUGGCGCCAGUCAUGCCUCGCAUCAGCUUUGACAAGCCAUGUGACCAAGGUGUUGAACAGGGUCCAAACGGUGAACUAGACAUUCAAAAAGGCACAAGAAAAGACACUGAGGCCUUCAUGAAUACUGACAAUACCUUCUCCUUGCAACCCAGUACAGAUCCUCAUGGACUCGGAGACAAGUCCGAACUCUUAGGUCAAAAUGUCCCAUUCUUCAAUUCUUUAAACACAGUUAAAAAGUUAGGUGAGCUAUCUGCUUCUGCAAGAAAAGUAGAGGAAAUGACAAAGGAGAUACUCCAAUCCAGCUCUGAGAAUCUGGUGCGUGAUAAAGCAAUGGGGACAAAGAUAGAAACAUAUAUUGCAAAACCUGUAUGCCCAGGUCCAUCCGUGGAUGGUUCUGCCAUGCCACUCUGUCAAAUAACAGUGAAAAUAGGCAAUGAAGCCAUCAUCCGCCGCCGAAUCAAAGGAUCUAAGCUCUUCCCCAAAAAGAAAAGGAGAAUCAGAGAGCUGAAUGAAGAUGACAGCUCAGGUCAGUCUCAAAUAAGAGAAAACUCAGAGAGCCCCAGACUCCGCCUCAGACCUGAAGCCACUGCAGCCACAGGGCGAGAGACAUAUGAUGAUCCCAAUGACCUCGACACAGCUGACAUGCUCUGGCGUCCUUAUUAUUCUUACAAAGCAAAAAAGAAAAGGAAGAAGCUGAGGUUCAAGCACCGAAACGCUUUGUUUCAGUGCUACCCUGAAACAUCUGUGGAUAGAAGUGCUGUGAGUGAGGACAGAUCCGGUAGACCUACAGAAGAGAGCGUCUCAGGUAGUAGUGGAGAAAUGAAACGUAGCCUCAGCAGGAACUCCAGCCCGAGAGCCACCUACAACUGUGACAUCUGUGAUAGCUCCUUUAUCACAGAGACCGGUCUGAGAGCUCAUGUUAUUGGUUCCCACCCGUGUUUCUGUCGGACCUGUGGCAAACAAGGUCCCCCUGGUGAGGUACCUGCUGGGGGUGAUUACAUCUGCAACAGCUGUAUGGAAAAUGGCUCCUGCUUUGAUAACUCCCCACGGAGCCCAAACCCAGAGAAGAAGUAUCGCUGCUCCUUCUGUCCCCAGCGUUUCCUCUACCUUGCCACUAAGAGAAGCCAUGAAAAGAAACACCAGGAGACAAAUGAGGAGGGGUAUAGCUUUGACGAAUCAACACCAUGUUCUAAAUACAAGAGUGAAAACUAUAAAGAAGACAACAUCAAAACAGAAGAAGGAGACUAUGAAGAAAGUCCUGAUAUCAAAUCUGAAAGAGUGGAGGGAGGGCAUUUUUCGGGUGACAAGUUUAAGCCUAAAAUCGAGGAUGCAACUGACUAUGUGUCUUUGACCGCCUACCAAGAUAUGUCCUUUUCAAACUUCAAAAGUCCACUGUCGCCCAGCAUCGACCCAGUGUUCGCCCUAACUCCCUCAAAAGUGAAACACAAAAUGCAGAAAAGAAAGAUCAGUGCACAGCAUCCUAUGCAUGUCAUCUCAAAAAAACAAGCCUAUGACAGAGAGGGCAGCAAAGACGUUUUGACAGGGCUGAAAAAAAACAAUCCCAAAAAUGAAAAGUCUUGUAAACUCUUCAGAACAAAUGACUCUGAAACUAAAGCUGCUCACAUUUCCAUACACAAGCCUGAGAAAUGGGUGUGCAAAGAAGAGCCGUUUUUUUAGAGAUUUUUCUUGGACUGUGGCCACUGAUAGGCAAAAAGUGAGAGAGAGUGAAAGCUGAUUUCAGACCACCCCUUUGGUGAGGAUAUUUGAGAGUAGUAAAGUUGUCUUAGAAGCUGAUCUCAAAACACAAAAAAUGUUUUGAAUGGACACAACUUCACAUCAGAAUCUAAUAUCAGUGUAGGCUGUGAUUUCUUUCCUCCUUAACACAACUACUGAAGGAAUUUUCACCUUUGUAGAAGAUACUUUUUGUAUAAUACAGGACCUUCUGACACAGACUGUACUUUUGUCCAUUGUCUAUGCAUAUACUGCAGUCUCAGUGGCAUGACUGUAACCUCAAGAAGAUACAAAUGUGUGUUAAAAAUGUUUCUUCACACGGUGUGCAAUUUCAGAACAGGGGUAAGAUGUGUUGGACAACUGAAAGCUACCUACUGUUACAUGUUCACUUUUUUGAAUACGUCUGUGAAAAACAACAUGAAUUUUUAAAGCGUCACAUUUCUGAAUCACCUGUUGAAUGAACAGGCUUUGAUGAGUUGCACUUUAUAGUAAGACUAUGCUUAUCUGUUGAGUAAAUACUUUGAUAAUUCCAUUUCAUUGUAAGCACCAUUAAUACAAUUCUAAUUUCUUAUUAACACAUGGCACCAUUGAGAUUAAAUUGAUUUCUUUUUUUAUGUAUGAAACAUGUCAAACUAUUUAAAUAAAUGUUGAUAUUCUAAACAGUGACAUCGUGUUCAUCUUGCUUAAACACUGUAAAUGCUUGAAGAUCUUUUCACAUUUUCUGUGACCACAGACUGACACAUUUUAUUAUCAAAAAUAAUAAUGUGGUAUGGAAGUAUGAUGGUAAUUUUAUGUGAUACAUUUCAUAUACUUAAAGGGCCAUAGCCUGUUCCAAAGCAACCUUUUCCUCAAAUAUAAAGCCACAUGGAGGGUACUUGCUUCUCCUAGUCCUCUGGGAGCCUGCAGCCCAUCUGAGAAGUUCAUUCCCUCAUUCUUCCACACAAACUGCAUCUGUAUUUAGAGCUGGGCCUCAAGACAAAGUUUCCAGAUGUUUGUAAAUUCCUUGCUUCUUUCUAAGACUGGCCUUGUGUUGUAACAGAUGGAUCAUAAAAUGUAGGUAUAAGGUACAACUCAACACGCUAAUAAUGCCAUGGAGUCAAGAUUUUUAUCCACCACCUACUCUAAUGUAGUCUACCCUAAUGUUGUCUGUCAUUUCAUUAAGGAUGGAUACCUAAUGCAAUAAUUAAUGCAAUGUUAUGGGUGGUUUUCCAGACUGAAGACAAGACUUAAAUGUAAUUUCAUUUUUUAUUUAAAAGUGGAACGAACAGCAUUGAGAGCCUCUCCAAUUUGAGAUAGGUCAAGGUUAGUUGCACUGUUGUGUAAAGCUGAGAAUGGCAUCCUGUACAGUACAAUAGUUAUGAAUAUUAACUUGAUUUGAAAAUAGUUUGUUCGUAUAUUUCUGCAUUGUAAAUUAGAUAUUCUUGGUGUGAAUCAAUCAGUGAUUUAAAAUACAGAUUUGGAUGACUAUAUACAGAUACAAAUUUCAUAAAUGACUUUAAUAUCUAAAGUCACACCUCUGAACCAUGGUGGGUUCCACACCAUGGUCCUUGUGAAACUUUGGAAUUAUAUUUAUCAGGAAAGAGGGACUGUAAUCUGUCUAAGACGUUAACAGGGUACUAAGACACUUCCGGAGGAUCUGACAGAUAUUGAGACUUUUAAACGUAAACUAAAAACAUAUUUAUUCAGUCUGGCUUGUAUGUAGGGUUUAACAAUUGUAUUACUUACCUUUUACUGUAAUAUUGACUUAAAUGUUUGUUUAUUAUUUUAGUCAUUUUAACUGUUAUCUUAUUCUAUUAUUCUAUUUUGACUUAUUUAUUCAUUCAUUUAUCUAUUUUAUUUAUUUAUCUACUCAGUUUUCUUGAUGUUUUUUAUCCUUAGUUGUAUUUCAACUCUUAUCUAUUUAUUUUAACUAUUUGUAUUCUUAAUUUUUAAGGUUUAACUUAUUUCAAUUACAAUUAAUUGUUGGUGUGCAUUAGUCUCUAUUCUAUUUUACUUUAUUUAAAUUUGUAUUAUCAUUAUUUUUAUUAUUAUAAUUAUUAUUCUCCCCUAAUAUGUCUUGCCAUUUUUUUAUUUCUGCUUCUUUCUUGUUUUCCAUCGCUGUAAAGCACUUAUGGUUGCAUUUGAUUUGUAUGAAAGGUGCUAUAUAAAUAAAGCUUGAUUGAUUGAU